GGGCCGCAGGUGGGACAGAGGCGGAGCCGGGGUGGUCGUGGGGAGCGGAGUGAAAGUGGUGCCCGAUCAGUUGUCCCUGAUCAGUGAUCUCCUGUCAGUGAUCCUCGGUGAGAGAGCGGCUCCGGCCCCGCAGGACAUCAUGGCUGCCCAUCAGGAGAAAAAACUUGCUGAAGAAAGAAAACACCGAAACAUGCAAAAUGAUACUAAAACAUCUCAAGGCCAGUGGGGGAGAGCAUGGGAGGUGGACUGGUUUUCCUUGGCAAGCAUCCUUUUCCUGCUGAUAUUUGCACCGCUGAUUGUGUAUUACUUCAUCAUGUCCUGUGACCAGUACCAGUGCUCUCUGACUGAUCCACUCCUGGACUUGCUGACUGGGAAUAAGCAUCUGUCUGACAUUUGGAACAGGACUCCCAUGCUGACCUACAGGGCUGCUGCCAUUUAUUCCCUUUGGGUCACUUUCCAGGUGUUUUUGUAUGUGUCCAUUCCUGAUUUCUGCCAUAAAUUUCUGCCUGGAUAUGUGGGAGGUGUACAAGAAGGUGCUGUCACCCCUGCUGGUGUUGUGAAUAAAUAUGAAAUAAAUGGACUUCAGGCCUGGAUCAUUAGCCAUGUGCUUUGGUUUGCAAAUGCUUAUUGCUUCCACUUCUUCUCACCUACCAUCAUUUUUGACAACUGGAUUCCUCUCCUGUGGUGUGCCAAUAUCUUGGGAUAUGCAGUGUCCACCUUUGCAAUAAUCAAAGGCUACUUUUUCCCUACUAAUGCAAAAGACUGCAAAAUCACUGGCAACUUCUUUUAUGACUACAUGAUGGGGAUUGAAUUUAACCCUCGAAUAGGGAAGUGGUUUGAUUUCAAGCUGUUCUUCAAUGGGCGCCCUGGGAUUGUGGCCUGGACUCUUAUCAACCUCUCCUUUGCUGCCAAACAACAGGAGCUGCACGGUGAAGUGACAAACUCCAUGAUCCUUGUCAAUGUCCUCCAGGGUAUUUAUGUUCUGGACUUCUUUUGGAAUGAAGCCUGGUACUUGAAAACCAUUGAUAUCUGCCAUGACCAUUUUGGAUGGUAUUUGGGCUGGGGAGACUGUGUUUGGUUGCCUUACAUCUAUACUUUGCAGGGUCUGUACUUGGUUUACCAUCCCGUCCAGCUACGCACAGAUUAUGCCAUGGGGGUCUUGAUGUUGGGCUUGCUGGGUUAUUACAUCUUCAGAAUGACCAACCACCAGAAGGACCUGUUCCGUCGCACCAAUGGCAACUGCAGGAUCUGGGGGAAGAAGCCAGAGUACAUUGAUUGCUCCUACAUGUCAGUGGAUGGCACCAAGUACUACAGCAAGCUGAUGACCUCGGGAUUCUGGGGCUGGGCACGUCAUUUCAACUACACAGGAGACCUGAUGGGCUCGCUAGCCUAUUGCCUGGCUUGUGGCUUUGAGCACCUGCUGCCUUACUUCUACAUCAUUUACAUGACCAUCCUGCUCACUCACCGCUGCAUCAGGGACGAGCACCGCUGUAGCAGCAAGUAUGGGAAGGACUGGAAGUGCUACACUGCUGUAGUGCGCUACCGGCUCCUACCCGGGGUGUUUUAAGGCUAAAAUAUGCAGGAUGCAGGGGAAAGAAAAAAGAAGAAACGUACAGGCAUACCAUGUUUAAAGUAAGUGAAGUGAGGCACUGAACUGCACCAUUUUUUUAGAAGACUCUUGUAAUUGGAAUACCCCUCUGAAUCACUCCAUUCCCAAAUUAACUUGGAGUUUAAGAAAAGAUGCUAUGUAUUGAGACUCCUGAGAAAUCCCAAAGCUGGGAGGUAGCCUUACCCUUGGUGGUAGCAGGGUUCUGGAAGCAGUUUGCAGUAAUUCAGGAGAGAAGAAAAGAGUUCUGUCACCUCUUUAGGAAAGAGGUUUUCUGAUGCAGCUGCUUGUGGCCAUCAGAACCUACAAUUGAGAACAGCUGCAAAGGCGGUUUGAUUGUUGAUUGCUUGUCAAGACAUGAACAGUGGAAAUACUGAAGAAGCUGUUCCGAAAUAACUGUUAUAAUCUAAAACAAAAGUGAAAACUGUCAUAAAUUAGUGCAAUUUUCAGCACCUGACAAUAUAGAACAUGACCAACUGAAUUUUAUUUUGCUACUGAAACCAGACUUUGUGAAACUACUGAGCUGAGCGUCCUUGGGCUGGAGUAGAGUUACUUUUUUUUCCUAAUAGCUGCUAUGGGCAUAGUUUUGAAUUUGAGCUGAGACAAUGUUGAUAACACAGGGGUAUUAUCCUGAGCAGUGUUUACACAGCAUCAAGGCUUUUUUUGCAUCUCACCCCCACCCACCACGGAGUGGUCUGAGUGAGUACAAGGAGCUGGGAGGGGACGCAGGCAGGACAGCUGACCCAAGGAAUAUCCCAGGCCAUAUGAUAUCGUGCUCAGCACAUAAAGCUGGAGGAAGAAGGAGUGGGGGAUGUCAGGAGUGAUGGUAUUUGUCAUUUCAAGUCACAAUUACGUGUCAUGGAGCCGUGCUUUCUUGAAGAUGGCUGAACAUCUACCUGCAGGUGGCAAGUGUGGAAUAGAUCCCCUAUUUUGCUUUUUUUGUGCGCAGUUUUUCCUUAACCUAUUAAACCAUGUUUAUCUCAACCUGUGAGUUCUUUCCCUUUCCUGAUUCCCUCCCCCAUGCUACUGUGAAGGAGGGAGCAAGGAGCUGUAUGGGGAUGUGUGGCAUUCACAUUCUCUGAAAAAUCCCUUCACCCAUGAUUUUCUCCAAGGAAGCUGAGAACCCUCAGAGAAAUAGGAAAACAAUAAUUACUUCAUUUGUUUCUGAUGUCUUUAGAUCAUGUGGAAUGUGUUUGAGAUUGUUUACCCAUAGGUGAUUGCUUCAUUGGUUUCUGGUGUGAGUGUUUUCACUCAGUGGCGAAUCCGUGAAAAGCUGUGUUGAGAUUGGAGAGAGUCACGACUUUUCAUUAUUACCUUUUUAGCCUUCUGUAAAUAUCCUUUCCACAUUAUUUAGUAUAGUUUAGUGUAGUAUCCAUUAAUAUAAUAUAGUGUCUUAAAAUAACAAAUUAACCGCCUGAGAACAUGGAGUCAGACUCAUCAUUCCUGCUUUCAUCUGGGAGCAGCACAAAUGCAAUAGUGGCAGUUUGAGUGUGGGAAGCAUGUGUGCCGUGAUGAAUUUCUGGAGAUGGCCGCCACCCUGAACUUCUGCGCAUCCUGCGCAAUACGGAAUUUUAGGAGCCAGCAGGCCACUCUGGGCAACAGGCGCCCAAAUUCCAAAGCCACCACUUUUCCCUGGGAAACAAAACUCACUAUCCCCGGUUCCUCAUGGCAGAUUGCAAGAGCUACUUGGCCCCGUCAAACCUGCCCAACUUGCAAGUGGUGCCAGCGUAGGUCUGGGAAGCAUCUUGCACAUUGCGGAAUUUCAGGAGCCAGCCAGCCACUCCAGGCCACAGGCCCCCAGAC